AUAAAACCCAUUGUUUCUGAGCUCUGAGCUUCCAGUCUCCUCUGAAGCAUCUUCCAUCAGCAGAUUUGCACGAUGGCCGACGACAGUGAUGCUCCCAGACCGAUGGCCCCUCGGGCGAAUGUGAAGCCCAAGUGUAAGAUCUCAGCCUCGAGGAAACUCUCGCUGAAGAUCCUGCUCCUGCAGAGGGCGAUGGAUGAUUUGGAGCAGGAGAAAAACACACGUGAUGAGGAGAAGGUGCGCUACCUGGGCGAGAAACUCCCAUCUCUGCAGUUUUCCGGUCUCGCCAUGGACGAGCUCCAGAAACUAUGUCGACAGCUUCAUGCUAAAAUUGACGUGGUGGAUGAGGAGAGAUACGACUUUGAAGCUAAAGUCAACAAGAACAAUAAAGAAAUUCACGAGUUGAAGCUGAAGGUGCAGGAUCUCGGGGGUAAAUUUAAGAAACCGGCUCUGAGGAAGGUUCGAGUGUCGGCCGAUGAGAUGAUGAGAGCUUUACUCGGCUCCAAACACAAAGGCUCCAUGGACCUCAGAGCUAACCUCAAGUCUGUCAAGAAAGAGGACAUUAAACAGGAGAAGGUGCUGACCAGCGAGGUGGGAGACUGGCGUAAGAACGUGGAGGCCAUGUCGGGGAUGGAAGGCAGGAAGAAGAUGUUCGAUGCUGCUGGUGGAGGACAGUGAACAGGACAUUACUGUAUAUAAACUCUGUGUGUGUGUGUGUGUGUGUGUGUGUGUGUGUGUGUGUGUGUGUGUGUGUUCAACACUGAGAAAAAUUCUGAAAGUAAAAUGAUUUGUUACAUUAGUGUUAUGUGGUGUGUGUUAUCAUCGACCACGCCCCGCAUCAUCUCACUGCAAUUUUUAUGGCUGGAUUUUAUGAUAACGUCUAAAAUAUAAACAUUUUUCA